GCUCUUAGUUCUUAAGCCCAUUUAUCGCAGAUCUAAACAAGUCCACGAUGCUUAGAUGUCACGUCUCUCUCCAACAGCCUUGUUAAAAAUGGGGUUAUUGUCUCUUAUUCAACAAAGAGACAAUUACGCAGAUUUUGGCUCCUACGCUUGCACAUAACUUUUUGAUCAAACUAUUUUCAAAAAAGGAGAGAUAAUUAUUGAGUUUGAAAUGUCCUUUGAAUUUAUCUUGUUGUAGUAGACCCGACGAGAUUGUAGUUUUGUACAGGAGAAAAAUUAGGGUUUCACGGGUUCGACUUGCGACACAGGUCAGUAAAACGAGUGGAAAGCAAUGUUCAGCCGAUUUUCCGCACAUGCUUUAACGUCCACAAAGGAACUCACGAAAAUGGAACUUCCUCCAGAUUUUUAGUACCCCUUACAAACAAAUGGGUGGAUCUGAAAUUUCAAGAUCAGAGGAGAAAUCGUUUGAAAAUAAUGAUGUGUUUGUAUGGAUUAGUAAGAAAAUUCAAGAGCCCCUUAAGGCUGAGUUCAAAAAAUUAAGGACUGUCAAAGAGCAACAAAGCAUGAUUAAGCCAGUGUUAGAGAUAGAGACUACUCAUGAUGAGGAAAGAGAGGAGGAGAAGUUAGAGAAGCAAUUACAAGCUUGGAGAGAUAACCCUUCAUGGAUAGAUCAACCUCCUAAUGUGCAGGUGAAAUCACAAAAUGGUUUGUUUUGCCAUUUGAACGCAGAAUUUAACGUAGGAUUGCCUCCGAAGUCAGUCUACAAAAUUUUCACUCAUCCAGACAACAAACGAUACUUCAAAAACAUUAAGGAAUGCAUAUCAAGAAAAGUUUUGAUGGAGGAUGGACCAAUGCAGACCGUGGAGGUGAAGCAAGCCGCGGCCUGGAAGUUUCUUUGGUGGGCUGGAACUUUCCCUAUACAUCUAAUUGUCCAAGAAAACCGAAAACAUCUCAUGUCCAAUUAUAAACAAGAGAAGACUAUGUUCAUGAAAGUGUUUGAGGGUUGUUGGAGGGUGGAGCCGUUGUUUAUAGACGAACAUUUGUGUGAGCGUUUGAAACCGAAAACACAAGAAGACUACGAUCGUUGUACCAACGGACGAGGAAGGAUCGGGUCUAAGGUGACAAUGGAUCAGAUGUUUCAGCCUUCUGCUAUUCUUACACCACCUCCUCUUUCUUGGUAUAUUCGUGGGAUCACCACUAAAACCACAGAGAGUAUGAUUGAAGAUCUUCUAGCUGAAGCUGCUAGGAUCCGCGGAGGAGGCCGUGAUGAUGAUCAAGUAAGAAACAGCAACGAAUUGGAUAAGAGAAAAGUUGAGGACAUUAAGGACAGAUGGAGAUCGAGGAGGAGGUGUAAUGGGAGGAGAUUUACCAAUCGGAGGAAGAUUUAAACCUUUUAUAAAAGAAACAUCCUCUCAGUUAUUGCAAUGAUAUACUUUGUUAAUCUCAUCGUAGUUCCAAUGGCUUUAGAUAAAAUCCAGCAUAGAGGGUGUUUAAGUAUCUGUAUCCAUAGGGGCUUCAUAUAUCUUGACAAAUCAUUAUUAAUUAAAAUAAUUAUAUCCUCCAGAUAAUGAUUAUGUAAUGGCAUUAAGUUCUUUUAAACCACUCUAGAGGCAACAACAAUAAAAAUCAGACAAUUAGAUUU